AUGGAACAAAUUGAAAUCGCAUAUAAACAAAUAAAUGAACUAAUCUCAUCGAUAAAUCAAUUCAUAGAAGAAGAAGCUGAAUUAGCAACUUAUAAAGCACCUAUAAUAGAUUGGCAUCAUCCUGAUUCAUAUUCACAAAGUUCCAUUAUCGGAUUAAACAAGUUUCAAUCUAGUGUAGAAACAGAAAAGGGAUACAUCAAUUCCCUCCUAAACAUCAAUGACAAAGUAUCAUCAUCAUCGUCAACAUCAUCAUCAAGAAGGACACCGAAGGAAAUAUCUAGUAACAUACCGCAUUUGUCAGCAGUUUGGGAACAAGUCAAAUAUUCACAAUGGCCAAUUAUAUGUAUUUCGCAAAUAUUAGAAUGUGGAAACCAGUCACAACAAGAUAUUCAAGUCAAAGUUGAUUUGGUUGAACAAGGUGGUGAAUGCUGGGUUAAAGUGAACACGAUAAAAGAAUCACGACUUAUGGCUGAAUUUAGAGAACAAGAUUCUUACAUUAAUUCGGAUUACGAAUCUGACGAUUCCACCUUAGAUCCAUCUUCCACUCAAGCACAAGCGGGUCCAUCCAGGCUUCAAAGACCAACAUUGACCAACUCUAUUAUCGUGCAAGUGACUUCAUUGGUCAAAGCAGCAGAAUCAUACCCUAGAAUACCUGGAUUCCCUCCACCUCGUAUCAAAUACGUUUUAAAUCGAUUAGAAGAAAACCCUAAAGGCGGCUACGAUGAUUCAAGGAUUCAAGAAACGUUUCAAAUCAUCAGAGGUAUGGGAGUUGAAUUAAUCUUAGCGUCUGAUCAAAGAAUAUUACCUAAACGAAAUCAAAGGAAAUCACCAAAACCCACUCAGAAAAUAUUAUUAGAUUUAUCAGUUGUAGUUGCACUAUGUUGUGAUUCGACUCAUUUACCAUUACCCGCUUCCAACGAAGAAUUAGAAUCGAGAUUCAGAAGUUUACAGUCGAGUUCAAAGGGUAAUGGUGAAUUGGAACUAGCUCCUCAUAUACCUGUGACUAAAGAUCUGAGAGAUCAACUGGAAUGGGAAAUGAAUCAUCCUUUAAUUCAGGAACUAAAAGAUAGAUUAACACCUCUAUACGAGAGUUCGAAUGAACAAGUGGAAUUUUGGGUGACGGAAGAAGUGAAAAGUAGAUUACCUGCCAUUGUAGAUAUUAUAGGUGGAGAAGAAGAAAAACAAAGAGCCAGGAUGAUGUUCGAUGUUCACGAUAGUGGAGAGAAGGAAGGCGGGUUUUGGCAAAAUAGUAGAUGGAAAGAUAAUGCUGGGAUAUUAGAACAUCUAAAAAUCAAUGUUUUACCUCCUGAAGAUAAUGGAAUUAUCAACGGAACGAAAGAUAUAAAGACUGAUUCAUCGUUCAGAAAAGGUUUCAUGUCAAUAUGUAAAUCGAUGUUAGACAUAGUUGACUUACAAACUCAACAGAAGAGUCAAGAUUCUAGUCCGAAUCCAAGUCCAAAUCAAGAUCAAGGUCAAGAUUAUUCACCUGCACCAACGAUACAACAACAACUACCUGAAAGACCUGGUAAUCCGAAAUCACGUAAAACCAAGAAAAGUAAAUUACCACCGAGAGGAUUUACUUUAGCAUCUAAAUUACCUUCUGCACACACUCUUCGCACUUUCCUCGUUGGUUGCGAGAAAGGUUGGACUGUCUUGACGAACAAUAGAGGUGCAGUAGGUAAAGUGAUCAGAGAGAUGAGAGUAGGUGAAGGUUUAGGCUAUGGAGAAGAGAAUAAUGAUGGGACUGUGGAUAUAUGGGUAGUCAAUCCUUCAAGUUUAAGUGAAUGGAGGAGAAAGGAGGUUGAGAUCAGCAACAAGAGAUUGUUAGAACGUCUCCACAACGAUAGAAAACAGGAAAUCAGUCAUUGCGCAGAAGGUAUGGAACGUCUGUCGUUGGAAAAAGUGGCGCAGGGAGUGUAA